CACACAUCCACUAAUUUUAUUGUGAUAAAUUACCAGUUUUGUGAUAAAUAACAAAUUACACAUAUUCAAAGCAGCCCACACACGUGUGACAAUUUCUAAAUGCAGAUUCAACGAUCCAUCCAAUACAUGUAACAUCAUUCAUAAAUGUGUGAUGUAAAUUAAUUCAAGAACUUGCAUUUGUGUGAGCAUUUGGGGAAAUAUCUAUGCUUUUACUUGUGUAUUUAUUAAAUGUGUUUUUAAUUUACGAAUCCAAAAUUGUAAAUGUGAAUUGUGCUGUGCAUUUAUGAAUUUUGUUUUAUAAAUGUAUUAUUUUUUAGGCUUAUCUGGCUACAUUGUAUGGUUUUAAGGAGAAAAUAUUCAGCACUGGUGUUGACUUAAGAAUUUGAGUUUGUCUUAAAGCAUAUUUAAAAGAUCACAUAGACAUACAGUAUAAACAAAAUUAAAAGCUGAAUUGUCAUGAAAACAUGACAAUUCAUGUUGUAAGACAACAUCUGUAUUGCAAACCCCUCUAUGUUUCGGUUUCUGUUGUUGCUGUUUUUGGCGUAUACUGUAGCUACCAACGCAAUGCCAUUGCCAUAGAAACCAAUGCAGAUAUUCCAGAAAAUGAAAGAGCAGCAUGGUACAAACAAAUCGGAUCUGAACAGUUGUGAUACACAAUGGACAGUCGCUAUUUUUAGAUCUGAUUCCAAUCGUAUACUGUGUCGAGCAGGACGAGGCAGAGGGCCGUGAGAGAAUGUCGCGAGGCCGGUGGCGUGAUUACUAAUGAGCGACACCUGUGCAACACACCGGUCUUGCAAUGACGUAUGUUUGAUGUGGGUGGUCAGAGAGAUGAAAGGAGGAAAUGGAUUCAGUGCUUUAAUGAUGUGACCGCCAUCAUCUUCGUGGCAGCCAGUAGCAGUUAUAACAUGGUCAUAAGGGAAGACAACAGCACCAACCGGUUGCGCGAAUCUCUUGAUCUGUUCCGCAGCAUCUGGACUAACAGGUUUUUAAGGACCAUUUCAGUGAUCUUGUUCCUCAACAAACAGGACAUGCUGGCAGAAAAGAUCCUGGCAGGAAAAUCCAAACUUGAAGAUUAUUUUCCAGAGUAUGCUCGCUACACACUUCCUCCUGAAGCGACCCCUGACCCAGGAGAAGAUCCGAAAGUUUCCAGGGCAAAGUUUUUUAUCCGAGAUGAAUUUUUGAAAAUCAGCACAGCGAGUGGCACAGACAAACACUACUGCUAUCCUCACUUUACCUGUGCCGUGGACACGGAAAACAUCCGUCGUGUAUUCAAUGACUGUCGUGACAUUAUUCAGAGGAUGCAUCUCCGCCAGUAUGAACUCUUGUGAUUGGCUGCCUGGAUCGGUUUGUUCCUCCAAUCAACACUUCGCCAGUCCCACAUCACAUGGGCUGAACUACUGAAGAGUGACAAUGUUGUAAUGUUCCUUUUUCUGCUUUUCACUUGUUUGCUUUCCUUUUUUAUUUAUUUUAGUCUAUAUAUGAGAUCUGAAGUGAGCGGGGUAGAAUGAUAUGAAUGUGUAUGUGUAUAAGAUGAAAUGAAUACUAUUUUGUGUUUGUGUCACUCACAGGUCAUUCCUUUCUUUAUAUUUUGUUUUUCAGAAUUGGCUGGCUUUAGAUGAGGUUAUAUUAAAUGUGAUUAAACCAGCGGAUGUAAUGAAAACCUUUGGUAACCUGUGUCAGGGUGGUUUGACCUUUGACCUUUUCCCUCCACCUAAUGAAGGAGAUAUUGGAGUACUUGACAUAGGAGUGAGGGGGUACAUGAAGGGUUUAAUUUUGCAGGAGGCAAAAUUCACAAUGUAGCACCUUUAUAUUUAUCCUUUUUUUUACCAUUUUGUUUAGUCUAGUUUCAUUUUUAAUUGCCUUUUUGUUGUUGUUUUUUUUUUCUGCAAAGCGUGCAGAAAGGACUUCAGGGCUAGAUAGGAGUUUGUAACCGAUUACAGAGCACAGAGCGUAGUGUAGGAGCAGAGGCCUGUGGGAUUUGCAUUUUUUGCGGCAGCAAGCGUCCAUCUUGGGAGAUCUGUCACUGGACAAUUGAUGCCUCCUUUAUUAUGGGCAGCCCUCAUUUUGGAGGUAGUCCUAAAUAGAGAUAAACAGAAAAACAAUAUAUUUUCAGGGGGUUUGUUUUGUUAAUCCUAAAAAAUGUGCAAGGUCACUCAAUCUUGUACAGGACUUCAAAAUGUUAUUUUGUAUAACUUCAACAAGAAAGACAACUUUUGACUCUUUGUGCCUUUGAGUAUGGCUGUACCUGUAAAUGAGGAUGAAGUAUGUGUGAUUGGACAGCGCUGUACAGCUUGAUGUCAAAUAUUACAUGCAGCACAGCGUGCUGAUGGGAAAUCUCUCUGUAGACUGAGUUUUUUUUCUGGUUUAUAAAACUACUUAAUGU